AUGGACAAGCGUAGCCUCUUCCUUCGCGAACUCCCCAGCGUAUCAUGCCCGGAUCGUAAGGACAGAAACUGUGAGCGAAUAGAGGGGACCUGCGAAUGGUUCACAAGUCAUGAGACAUUUCGAAAGUGGCAAUGCGGCGAAACCUUAGGCUUACUCUGGGUAUCCGCAGAUCCAGGAUGCGGGAAAUCAGUUUUGGCGAGGCAUUUGGUGGAUAACGUCCUUCCAAAUACCAGUACGAGAUCCACAUGUUACUUCUUCUUCAAAGAUGAUUUUGAGGACCAGAGAAGUUUAGAAGGUGCUAUACGCUGUCUAUUGCAUCAACUCUUCUUUCAUAAGCCUGCUCUUCUUACCGAUGAGAUUGUCGACGGAUUCACCAAUAACAAACAACUCUUCUCUUCCUUCACCAGUCUUUGGGGUAUUCUUACGAGUGUUUCAUGCCAUGAUGAGGCUGGAGAGAUCAUUUGCAUUCUCGAUGCUCUAGAUGAAUGCGAAGAUAUCAACCGCCUGACUACAGCCCUAGAAAGGCUCUACGAGAACGGAGGCAAAUUCUCCCUCAAAUUUCUCUUAACCAGUCGACCAUACACUCAUAUUCGACGCGGAUUCCGACUUCUUGAGAAUCAGUACCCCGAAAUCCACUUAGAUGGAGCGAAUGAAGUUGAAGUCGAUAAGAUCUCAAGGGAGAUUGAUAUUGUCAUCAAAGCUAAUGCGAAGAAAACCGGCGAACGCCUUGACCUCGAAGACAGAGAAAUGCAGCUUCUUGAAGACGAACUUACCUGUAUCCCACACCGAACUUAUUUAUGGGUCUACCUUGUUUUCGACGUUAUAAAUAAUAGCGAAGGAAUUACAAAAGGACGCUUGAAAGAAAUUGUUCACCAACUUCCGGAGACAGUCGAGGCCGCAUAUGAGAAGAUUUUGUAUAGAAGUACCGACAUUUCGAAAGCCAGAAGACUUCUUCAUAUCGUCGUUGCGGCAGAGAGGCCACUGUCGUUGCAGGAAAUGGCAAUAGCGCUGGCUAUUAGAGAAGAUCACGAAUCCCCCAGCCAACUCGAGCUCGAGCCAGAAAAACGCUUCCAGGAUACAGUCAGAGGACUUUGCGGGCUCUUCGUUACUAUCGUAAAUUCUAAAAUUUAUUUGCUACAUCAAACAGCCAGAGAAUUUUUGGUUCACAACUCAUCAAGGCUCACUCUCACUAACACCAAAUGGCAAAACUCGUUUCAUCUCUCAGAAUCACAUCGUACAGUUGCAGAGAUAUGUAUCACUUACCUUUGCUUUCCGGAUCUUGAGGCUUCAGGCGAAGGUACCCUCCUAGUCUUUAUGGAUUAUGCUGCAAGGAAUUGGCCCGCUCACUUCCGUAGGGCCUCUAAUAAGAAUACGGAAAAGAUGUUACGUUGUGCAGAAUCCCUUUGCAACAGAGGCGAUCAAAGCCCCGACGAGUGGUUCAAAAUUUACUGGAGCACAGAAAGACCUUACCGAAAAAAAAAGGUCCCGAACGGGUUUUCUUCGUUGAUGAUGGCAUCAUUUUUAGGGCUAGAGGAAGUUGUUUAUAUGCUAUUAAAGGAGAAGAGUCCAGGCUUCUACACGCGAGACGAUUUAUGUGGCCAAUCUGCUUUAUUUUGGGCUUGUGCAGAGGGGCACGAGGCAGUUGUGAAAAUUCUCUUAGACUUCGGCACUAAGAAAUAUCACAGGGCUUUCAGGUUAUGA